AAGGUAAAAUCAAGUCCCAACUCGAACCCUCCUCCUCCUCCUCCUCCUAGUUGACACAAAACCCCAGGCGGUUACGUUUCAUCGCUUUAAUUUUCCAUGGAUUCUCGGUCGAUUUCUUUCAAGAAACGAAAGAUAAGCAGGCACAGAUGCGUAGCGUGCUACAAGAUGUUCAAUAGACGCGAACACCUCGUUGAGCACAUGAAGAUUGCCUACCACUCACUUCACCAGCCUCGUUGUGGGGUUUGCCUUAAGCACUGUAAAUCCUUCGAAUCUGUGAGGGAACACCUUAACGUUCCAGACCAUCUUUUCAAAGGAAACUGCAAAGCCAUUUUCUCUAAACGAGGCUGUACUCUUUGUCUUCAAGUCUUUGAGGAGGCCAUUGCUCUCGCCGACCAUAAAAACAAGUGUCAGCUCUCCCCACCUCGUCCUCUUGGAACGUCUACCCAAAGAAAUCCUUCUAGGUCUCAUACUGGUUCACGUCUCAAGGCAGUGGCACUUGACUGUGAAAUGGUUGGUGGUGGUGAUGACGGCACUAUUGAUCAGUGCGCAUCGGUUUGCCUGGUUGACGAAGACGAGAAUGUCAUCCUCUCCACUCACGUUCGACCACUACUCCCUGUCACAGAUUACAGGCACGAGGUAACUGGAUUGAGUGAGGAAGAUUUGAAGGAUGGUAUGCCACUUGAGGAUGUACGAGCGAGAGUUGUUUCGAUCCUAUGCGGUGGACAUAAUGAUGGGGCUGGGAGGCUUCUUCUUGUUGGUCAUGACCUUAGGCAUGAUAUGAGUUGCUUGAAUCUUGAAUACCCUAGCAAUUUGUUGAGAGACACUGCAAAAUAUGUGCCGUUGAUGAAGACAAAUCUUGUAAGCCAAUCGCUGAGGUACCUCACAAAGUCGUAUCUCGGAUACAAGAUCCAAAGCGGGAAGCACGAGCCGUACGAGGACUGUGUAUCUGCGAUGAGACUAUACAAGAGAAUGCGGGAUCAAGAGCAUGGGUGUAGUGGAAAGGGAGAAGGGAAUGGUCUGAACUCGUGGAAACAGAGCGAUCUAGAGAAGAUGAAGGCGGAAGAGCUGUACCAAAACUCAACGUCAGAGUACCGGUGCUGGUGCCUUGACCGACUCAGCAAUCCAUGAAAUGAAAUCCCACGAAAGCCUUAUCUCCUCCUCCCUUAAAGUCUCUUUUUGUUUGAUGUGAGGAUGAUUGUUAAGAGCUUUUCCCGUUAGUUUUUGGAGAAUCAAAUAUGAUAUGGCUUCCUUGAAAA